CUCCUUCCCUGUGGGCUUUAACAUCUACCGCAGCUCUCUCGUCUGUGGGACUGUGAAGUUUUUCAGCGACCCGUAAUAUUACCUGGUUGUGGUGAAAACGUGCUUCCAUUUCCGUUGUCUUUUCUUUUUUUUUUUCCCCCACUUUGCGUCGGUGCCCACGGUGGUUGACGUUUCUGCGGUAAUUAGCCAUGGGGUUGGGAGAGCAGUACUACAGAGAUGCCAUGGAGCAAUGUCAUAACUACAAUGCCAGGCUCUGUGCUGAGAGGAGCGUCCGAAUGCCGUUCCUUGACUCUCAGACCGGUGUUGCUCAGAGCAACUGCUACAUUUGGAUGGAAAAGAGACACAGGGGACCAGGCAUGGCUCCAGGGCAGCUCUACACCUACCCAUCCAGGAGGUGGAGGAAGAAAAGACGCUCUCAUCCUCCGGAGGACCCCCGGCUUAUCUUCCCUCCUGUCAAGUCAGAGGUAGAUAUUGGACUGAAGAAGGAUGCUCUGUUAUCAGCGGACGGCAGCAGCCUGGAGGCCCUGCUUAAGGGCGACUCCUUGGAAAAGCGGACAACCACAGAGCUCCGAGGGUCUGAGGAGGAUUCAAACCAGAGUGAUUACACUGGAGGACUCAACCCUGCUGCUCGGAUUAGAAAGAGAAUCCUUGAGCCAGAUGACUUCAUGGAUGACCUGGAUGAUGAAGACUAUGAGGAAGACACACCUAAAAGAAGAGGCAAAGGGAAGGGAAAGGGUCGAGGAGUGGGCAGUACCCGUAAGAAGUUGGAUACAGCAGCACUGGAGGACAGAGACAAGCCGUACGCCUGUGACAACACUAUCAAACAAAAGCAUAUUUCAAAACCUUCUGAAAGAGUCUGUGGGAAGCGCUACAAGAACCGUCCCGGCCUGAGCUACCACUAUGCCCACUCCCACCUGGCUGAGGAGGAGGGGGAGGAGAAGGAAGAGAUGGAGAUCAACGAGCCUGCCCUGCCAGUGCCCGACGAGCCUAAAACUCCCAAGAAAGGUCCAGACGGUAUCGCGUUGCCUAAUAAUUACUGUGAUUUCUGCCUGGGAGACUCCAAAACCAAUCAUAAGACUGGCCAGUCAGAAGAGCUGGUGUCCUGCUCCGACUGUGGACGCUCAGGCCACCCCUCCUGCCUGCAGUUCACUCCUGUAAUGAUGGCCGCUGUGAAGACGUACCGCUGGCAGUGCAUAGAGUGCAAGUGCUGCAACAUGUGCGGCACCUCGGAGAAUGACGAUCAGCUUCUGUUCUGUGAUGACUGUGAUAGAGGCUAUCAUAUGUAUUGUCUCAACCCACCCAUGUCUGAACCUCCAGAGGGGAGCUGGAGCUGUCAUCUAUGUCUGGACCUCUUGAAAGACAAGGCAUCCAUAUACCAGAACCAGAACGCCCCACCAUCAUGAUGGUCGCCCCCCCCCCCGCACACACACAUCACUCAACCGUCCCACCGCAGUAUGGUUUACCCUUCAAGAUAGAUGAUAAACUCCCCUGACGAGCUGACCGUGGAGGGAGUGUGUCCAGAACAGACAAUAAAUCGUGAAAAGGGAAGCAUCCCUUACCAUUGGCCUCAGUUAGCUUCAGAUAUGACUGUUGCACAGUUCCAAGCUCAGAUUCAGCCCCAUCGAUUUUUAUUUUCACCUCUUUGCCACACCAAUUUGAGCAGUACUAAAUUUCAACAAGAUACCCUGCAUAAAUAGCCAAAAUCUGACUUCCUGUUCAGGUUUUUUUUUUUACACAUACGCCUACACAAAGUUGCUUUCCUUCUCUAUCCUGCAAUGUACUGAUUUUAUGACAAGAGCAGAAAUAGAGCUUUGAAUCAAGUAGCAUGCCUUUGCUUGCUCAUCUUAAAAAGAGACAUUUUAUAAUAUUUAUAUAUUUCUAUGGUAUAUAAUAGUGUUAAGUAUGUACAAAUUGGAAAAAAGAAUGGUCAUGUAAUGGUCUUUUAAUUAGUGCCCAUCUCAUCAUUACAUGUUCCUUUAUGGCACUGCUGACAUUUGGGGAUUCACUUGAAAAGAGUCAAAGAGAUCUGCUGAGACUGCAAAUGAUUUUCCAUCUCAUCCACUGCCACUGGCCACACACUGGCGCACACAGAAACUUUAAAACAAAACAGGAACUAUGAAUAGAAACCCCCGACAGGCUCCUCAGAGUGGCUCCAAAGGCUGAAGGACUUCAGGGAUGGCAGGUUAGACUUUAGUCAAGUUGUUGACUCGAUUAUCCUAGCGGCGGAUUGAGCUGCACAGAGCUCAAGAGGAUGCAUAUUGAGGGUGUUUCAUUCAGACUUUGGGGCCUCUGACACGAGGCUGUCACUGGACUGAAAACUGUCUUCAAUCUGCACACCUGCCCUUUGUUUGACAGAAGUGAUAAUGUUACAAUUCUAAUGAUUAUUCCAAAAAACAAAUCCUACUUGCAUUAUCAGCCAGGUAAAGGGAUAAAAAGCCUUCAUUGCUGUGUUCUAGCAGUUUGCUGAUCAUGCACCAUAUCCAACGUCUGCUGAUGUUGUGACACCACUAGAUUAUUUUAAUAUAAUUGAGGACUAUGCGACCUUGCAGAUGGUCACUUGCUGACAAUAUUAAAGCAAUAUAAGGGCUGCUGUAGGAUGCUGGGAGUCACUUUAGGCUCUGUUGGCAGAUAAUGUGCGAUAAUGUAAAUUUUCUUUCUCAGAAAAUGCUAUAACAGAUAGGGGACUAUGGCAGCAAUUAUGGAUGGCUCCAUAUUGUAAAAAAGAGAUUAUAAUGUGUAUAUGUAUAGUCCUAUGGAGAAACCGACCUUUUUGUUACUGCUUUCAUAGUUUAAUUAUGCAACGGUUUCCUUCUGUGGAAAGGCUAAAAGAAAAAGUCUGGCUGAACUGCUAAAGCAGUUACUUUACCUCAAACAGAAACAGUAUUUAAAGGGUUGAAACAUGCUGUUGAUAGAUGGGACAAAGGCAGUGGGAUGAAUAGCAAUGACAGCUACAGUGUCUGCUUCAAUAACUACAUAUUCUACAGGUAAACAAGUGCAUGCUCCGUAAUUGUUUGCACUCAUAUGCUACGUAGUCGUCUCAGCGUUAGGUUGGCAAGGGUGUUGGGGAAGUGGUGUAAUAUAAAUUAACCAUGCUUUCAUGUCGUUUCCAACUAACAAUUACUAAAGCAUUACACAAGUAUAACUCGGUUUAUUUUCUCAUCAUGUUUAAACUUAUUUAGAGACAGUGGCUACUAGAAUAUUUUGCUGGUUUUUGUAUUCAUGGAUGAUGUUUAUGUACCUGAUGUGUGGGACAUUUUGGGACUUAAAUGGAAGUUGCUUACUAGUUAAUCCUGUGAUCCGGGUCUCACCUGAGCUGCUCUCUUCCAAAGCUUGAAACAAGAAGUAAAGCCCAUAAUGUGAUUAAGACAAAUUCUGGAGCUGCACCAUCCACACUGAAUGAUUAAGUAAUAAUGGACCCAGUGUACACCUUCUAGGCCAUAAACAAGAAGGAAGUCCACCUGUUGUCAUAGUAUAAUUGUAUAUAGUUAUUAUUUUUUAAAGAUGUUUUGUUGUUUUGGGCUUUUUGCCUUUAUUGGCUUGGACCAGCUAAAGAGAGCGAGAGAGAGAGAAAGAGGAUGAGAUGCGGUAAUUAAUCGGAUUCAGUACAUGGUGCGCACCCCAUUAUUUUUUAAUAUCAGAUUAUGGUCCUCUGGUCUUUAGCUUUGGGAGAGAAUUGUUCAUUACGACAAAUAAUGUUUAAACCAAGAUCCUAGGUUUACAUAGUAGGUGAAUUCUCUUAGAGUGGACUAUUAUUUUGAUUGUGAUGGAAUGUUUUAUUGUACGAAAUUUGUCUUCAGGAAAAUAAAAUACUAGGCACUAUAA